ACGUUUUCCACACCUCUCCAAACAGAACCAUGGAGACAAAACAAGAAAAUAUGCAAUUUCUUGGGCUCUUAGGCGUGUACAAAGAAUCCUACAAAAUCAUAUUUUCAUGGAGGAAGAUCUUCAGCCAGAUUACCUUAACUCUUAUCCUCCCUCUCACCUUCAUCUUCCUCGGUCACAUACAAGUGUCCGAUUUCCUCUUCGGGAAGAUUGUACAUGACUCGGUGCAAAUCACCGAAACCGAACCUGGCACACCCCAACAACAGAAACUCAUUGAAAUGAUCUCAUCCGAAUGGGCCACUUUGACUCUCUUCAAGCUAGUUUACUUCACUUUCAUGCUCAUCUUCUCCCUCAUCUCCACCUCUGCGGUGGUUUACACCGUCGCUUCCAUUUACACUGGCAGAGAGGUAACUUUCAACAAGGUCAUAAGCGUUGUCCCAAAGGUCUGGAAGAGGCUUGUGGUAACUUUUUUGUGCACCGUUGUUGCUUUUUUCGUUUACAACGUUAUGGCAGUGAUGGUUAUAAUCAUAUGGGCACUUACGAUUGGUGUAAGAAGUGGUGGGAUUGCAAUUUUGUUGGUCAUAACGAUCUUAUAUUUAAUUGGGAUUAUGUAUCUGACAGUGGUUUGGCAAUUAGCUAGUGUUGUUACCGUGUUGGAAGACUCGUACGCAUUUGAAGCAAUGACGAAGAGCAAGGAAUUGAUAAAGGGGAAGAUGGGUUUGUCCGUAUUCAUUUGUUUGAAGCUCAAUGUUUCCUUCUUUCUGAUACAGUUUUUGUUCAUGAUGGUGGUUGUGAAUGGAUGGAAGCUGUUCGGAAUGAGCUCCAUUGGAAGAACAUCAUAUGGGAUACUAUGUUUCUUGUUGUUGUCUCAUUUGUUUUUGUUGAUGCUUGUUCUGCAAACUGUGCUUUAUUUUGUUUGCAAAUCUUACCACAAUCAGAAUAUUGACAAGUCUGUUUUAUCAGAUCACCUGGAAGGUUAUCAAGCAAAGUAUGAGCCAUUGAUGGCUAAGGAUGUUCAGCUGGACUACCAUGUCUGAUAGCUAGCUAGAUGAAUCAUAAUCUAUAAAUCUAAAUGAAUAUUCCAUAUAUCUGCUAUAGUUUAAUUUCUUUAUGCCUUAAGAUAUAUGUGUGUGUGUGUGUGUGUGAUAUCAAAGCAGAAAUGAAUAUUUAUAUGUAGUGAAUUCCAAAGGACAUCUGUAUAAUGAAAGCAUGUGGCUUCUUUGCA